AUGUCGAAGCAAACCAAGCCAACAGAGACGAAGAAGAAACUAAACGUGCUGAUCGUCGAUGAUGAUGCAAUAAACCGUAUACUCCACGCGAGGAUCAUCAAUCAGAUAGGAGGAGUUUCUCAGACGGCGGAAAAUGGUGAGGAGGCAGUGAUUCUCCACCGCGACGGCAAUGCAUCCUUCGACCUUAUCCUAAUGGAUAAGGAAAUGCCCAAGAGGGAUGGUGCUUCGGCAACUAAGAAGCUAAGAAAUAUGAAAGUGACGUCAAUGAUCAUUGGGGUGACGACUCUAGCUGACAAUGAAGAGGAGCGUGCGGCUUUUAUGGAAGCUGGACUUAACCAUUGCUUGGCAAAACCCUUAUCCAAGGAAAAUCUCCUCCCUCUCAUUAACCACCUCUUGGAUGCUUAUAAUGGUUGACGUA